AUGCCGAUUACAAGUGAUAUCACUCUCAACGUUUCCAACUUUAGUCUUGACAGUGUCGCCGAUGAUACCAAAAAGACUAAUGCGUUCAUCGAGGGCAUUACUAUCAAAGGCCCACGAUGGCAUGAGAUCGGCGCGCCAAAAUACCGUCAGAUGAGAGAGACUGGCGAGACUCCUCUCCCUUUGCCAGUCUACCUACCCGAGGCCAAGGAUUCCGCGGUGCCAUCGAGGGACACUGGUCGUUCAGUUCCCAUCCGCGUUUACACACCUGACAACGGAAAGCCAAGCAAGGGGAUUUUCCUUCACAUCCAUGGCGGAGGCUUUGUGCUUGCCACGCAUCGACACCAAGACCGCACCCUUCAGCGCUAUGCCAACGAGUGUCAACUGACAGCCAUUUCCGUCGGCUACCGCCUUGCGCCCGAGGACCCUUGGCCUGCUGCCAUCCACGACUGCUUCGAUGCAGCGGAGUACUUGGUCGACCAUGGGGUAGCGGACUACGGUGCCAGACUUCUUUUCGUAAGCGGCGAGUCUGCAGGCGCGUGUCUCUCCGCAUUAACUGCAUUCCACCUCCUACGCGCACGACCGAAUCACCGACUUGCGGGGCUCAUUUUCCCCUUUGGGCAGUUCGACUUGACCCUUAAUCUCCCCAAGGCGUCCCUCUUCGAGCGCCCGCUCAUCAUCAAUCGUGAGGAGCUACAGAAGUUUGGGGACGCCUAUACUCCAGGCAUGAGUAUCGAAGGCCGACGGAAUCCUCUUAUUUCGCCCUUGUAUGAUGACAUGGAGACUCUCGCACGUGUGGCUCCGGAAAAUUCUCUCCCGCCUGCUUUGUUUCUAUGUGGGACAGAGGAUCCUCUUCUCGACGAUACGCUGCUUAUGAGCCUUAAGUGGAUGAUUAGCGGCAGCGAAGCAGUCGUCAAAAUUUACCCAGGCGUGCCGCACGCAUUUACGGUAUUUCCCGGGUUUAAGCCAGGCGAGGAGGCAAUUGCGGUUGCAUUGCAGUUUGCGAAGGAGAAGCUGGAUGCUAGAACCGUCCUCUAG